CAUUUCCAUGUCUAGUACGUGAGAAUAAUUAAAGCAGUCGUCGACUACAUUUGACAAAAUGAAGUCCAGUGGUAUAAUUAACAAUGCCGUCAAAGUGAAGGAUGAGCCCGAAGAUAUUUCGCUGUAUGAAAGUGAAGACUGUGCAAGUUUUCAAUAUAUACAAUUUCUGCAAGAUAAUGCCACUCAAACGAUUGUAAAAAAGGAAGAAAUUCAUGAUUCUCAACUAGAGGAUGAAAUUGAGAUAGAGUUUGAGAGCAAAGAUGUAAAACCUACCAUAACUUCGUUUGUACCGCAAAAAUUAGACUAUUUGUUCCAAAAUCGUACUGCAAUUAAAAACGAGCCAUUAGACAUGGUGAAAAAAGAAUAUUUUGACGAUAAUGUGCAAAAAUCCAAAAAAAAGCCGACUUUAAAAUCUAUAAUCCAGGACGAAAAAUCUAAAAAGCCGAAGGCAUGUUCAAAAAAGUCCGGAAGAAAAAGUAAAAACAAAGAGCACAUAGAGACGACAGCUCAAGAUCAAAUUGCCCAUUCGUGUGGAAUUUGUGGAAAGAAAUUCUUGCAGAAGCACAAACUCGAAAUCCAUACCGAUGUAGUUCAUAAUGGUCAAAAACUUCGAAUUGCUCACACAUGUGACUCGUGUGGAAAGACAUUCACACAUAAUGUACAUAAAGGUAUAACUCACCCAUGCGAUUUAUGUGAAAAAGUAUUCAGACAAAAAGCGAGUCUUAAAGUUCACAAAGAUGCCGUGCAUGAAGGUAUCGCUUACCAAUGCGAUCGAUGUGAAAAGUCAUUCACACGAAAAGGCAAGCUUAAACUCCACGUCAACGAAGUACACAAUGGUAAAAAAUAA